CACGGUCUCACGAGUGGAUGAGUGUACGACAACACAAGACACUGAAUCAAUCCAUCCAUCCAUUGACUGACACCACACAUCCACUGAAUCAGCACAGGCAGGCAGGCAGGCAGGCAGGCAUGCAGCAGGCCACACAUCACAGACACUUGUCAGGUAGACCCGAUUGACCUACCUACGCUGACACAGUACCGUACUAGAAAUGCAAUAGGCACACAAUGGCCUCACAAUCGAGACAGAGAGGAAGACGAACGUGGAUAAAAGUGCCGACGACAGACAGACAGACAGACAGACAGACAGAGAUGCGCCCCACUCAGUCACUGCUGCACACCACCUGCAGCACCUCGUUCUCGUCAGCCAUAAACUCAUAUGACCCACUCAGUUCUGUCUCCCCCGUGCAGCCCUCAGGCACAUCGUUGCUGUCGGUGGCUUGAAGGCAGCUACAGAUGUCGGCAUCACGCCCAGUACACGCCAGGUCGUGAAUUGACUCAAUUAAAAUGCGGCAAAAACUACCGCGGUCAGCCCCACGAGCACCGCAAUGGCAAUCUGCGUGCGGCUGGCGCUUGCACGCAGCACCUCAAUCUCGUCACCCAUGAACUCCAGCGACCCGCCAAACAGAGCAUCGCCAUCCUCAUCCCUCUCUCCAAUGUAGCCCUCGGGCAGAUCGUCGCUGACGAUGGCCUCGUGGUAGCAGCUGCGGAUGUCGGCAGCAGGCUGGUGACUGCCGCCGCUGCCACCCCAGCCCAAAUGCAGCGCCGCACCGAUAUUCACAUUCUCACAGCACACAUCUGCCCCCCUCACCGCCACAGUCACAAACGUCUCAUUUGAGUCGAGGUCCAUCUUGGUCGGUGUGGGGAAGUGGCCCGCCAACGAGAACCGCCACACAUCACACAUGUAGUUGAGGGUGCCUGUCUUGUUUACAUCGGUGAACUUUCGGGUGUGGUCGUCGGGCUGCAGCAGACCGCCACCGAUAUAAUAGCCGAACACAUACUCGUCCUUUUUGAUCACCAACACCAGAGGCAGUGCGUUGCCCACUCGGUCCAGCAGGUUGCCAUAUUCAGUGCCGUGCACAGAUGUCCUACACACAUGCACACACACACACACACACAGACGGUGAAGGAUCUUCCAGCCAUUGUUGACAUGGCAUGAUGUGUGUGUACCGGUAGAGGGAGAUGAGUUCUGUGGUGUCAUUGACCAGCAGGCCAAGCAGCGCAUCAUACUCCGACGCUGACAGCGAUGUGCCGUUCGGCAGGUCACUCUGCACACGACGCAGAUGCACCUGAAACACACGAGUCAGUCAGUCAGUCACGCCACACCAAAACAUUUAUGUCUGUGAAUGAAUGAAUGAAUGAAUGGGUGACUGACUCGUGGAUGUGCUCAUACCUGUUGUGCCUCAGCAGACGUCCAUGCCACAGAGAGAAUCAACAGGUAAACCACUGCCCGAAUCGCCAUGACCUGGAGCCAACAGAGUGUUCUUAUUGAGUUCUGUCGAUCAGCAAAGGCAGCCAGAUGAACAAAGGUGAGCUCCAGAAGAAGACACAGAGGAGAGGGAGACAGGGAAGGGGAGAGGAGGGGAGCUCUCUAUCGGGGCCUGUUGAUCGGAGCUGCCGCUUCCGAGAUUUCUGUGUGCAACCUCAUCGGGGAGCCAGCCCCCUUCAUUUGCCGCCUCUCAUCUGUCGUCUCCUUUUCUCCCGG